GACUUUUCCUUUUACUGUCAGAUUUUUCAAAAUUUUCUCAUAAAAAUAGAUAGUAUUAUUUUUUUUAAAUCCCAUAUACCAAAACCAAUGUUUCCAUCAAUGUUCUUUCGAAACAAUAGCUGGCCACGUCUGGUGCCACCACAUCACCUGCUCCAUGGCAACUUCUCCACAAUCUCUACUCCCUUUCCGACGACAAAUCUCAAUCAAAUUAAAGCUCCCUCCACUUCCUUCAAGUCUAACGCCGACUCUGGUGAUCCCGGUGCUGUGGAUAGUGGUGAUCCCUACCUGGUCAAGGUGGUACAGGGACAUUCCAAGGAACCCCAGCUACCCAAUGAUCUCACAAAACGACGCUUUGGCGAGGACAGUUGGUUCUUCAGUUCCACGCCAUCGGCCGAAGUGCUCGGAGUAGCCGAUGGUGUCGGUGGAUGGCGGGACAUGGGCGUGGAUCCAGGACGUUUUGCCACAGAGCUAAUGUCCUGCUGUUCGAGACAAGCACAGCGUCCAGAAUUCGAUGGAAAGAAUCCACGGGAACUGCUCAUCGCUGGCUACAGGGAACUAACCCAUCGCGAACAACCGGUGGUGGGUAGCAGCACCGCCUGCCUGGUGGCAUUGCAUCGACGGGACUGUACCCUGUACACAGCCAACCUUGGGGACAGUGGUUUCCUUGUUAUACGCAACGGGAAGAUUCUUCAUCGCUCCAAGGAACAAACGCAUGCCUUCAACAUGCCCUUUCAGCUGACAGUGCCACCCACCGGGAAGGAUGACCAUUUUCACUUUGAUCAGCCAGAGAUGGCCGUGUCCACAAGCCUCUCCCUACAACCACAUGACCUGGUGCUCCUGGCCACUGAUGGUCUCUUCGACAACAUGCCCGAAAGCAUGCUCCUCCAGAUGCUCAAGGAAAUCCGUUCAAAUUCUAAAAGGGAUCUACAGGAAGGCGCUAGUUUGGUGGUGGAGAAAGCCCGUGAGCUGUCACUAAAUUCCAGUUUCCAGUCACCAUUUGCCAUAAGGGCAAGGGAAAAUAAUAUCUUUUAUCCCGGAGGCGGGAAACCGGAUGAUAUAACCCUUAUCUUGGCCAGGGUUGAGGUUCCCUAGACUCUUGAAGAGUAAUAAAGUUUUGCUAGCAGAUAGUAUUUCAUGUCCAUCAAACAAGCAGUGAUAAAAUCAUUAAAAUUUGUAUAUAUGUA